UAACUGAGGAAAGUGCCUCUCUCUGUGACCCACCCCACCCCCCUAGGGUUAGCUCCUGGCAGCCUCGCUUGGUAUCAGCGGGUAGCCAGGUCCCAGGGCUAUCUUCCCCCACCCUCCUUGACGGAAGCCCUCCUGGCUUUUCAAGCACCGCAAAGGCCUCCCUGCCGCCUAUCGCAGGCAGGCAGGCGCGAAAGUUUUGCCCCAAAUUUGACACAGUUUUCAUAAAUUCAGACACACACACACACACACACACACACAUAUAUAUAUAUUGUUUUCAAUGAAAUAGCGCUAACCCAGGAGCUAACCAUUAAUAAAAUAGCUUUCAGUGGUGGUGUUUACCAUGAUAGAAGGCUGAAAUGGAAGGAAUAGUGGGACUGUACAGAAAUAUGGAAUGAAUCUCCAAAUUAAGGUAGUCUUUAAUUUUGGCAUGGAUUUUCCGGCGUAAAAUUACUGUUUUAUUUGUUCUCCACCGAAAUUUCAGGGACUUUUGGUUCAAUUGUUAGCACCGUACCUAUUGUGCUCAUUACUGUACCUAAGUAUAUACGAUGUGUUCAAAGUUUUCCAGCAUUUUAUCCAAGGUAUCUACUGAUACUUAAAGAAUCUCAUUUUUUCCUGGUAGUCAUCCACUGCCCAAACGGCUGUUUCCAUAAUGGAGAUUGCAUAGGUGCCAUAUGUUUCUGUUAUCCUGGUUGGACUGGAGAAGACUGUUCUCGGUUUCACUGCCACGACUUGCACAACUGCUCUGGUAACGGUGAAUGUAUGGGUCCUAAUGCAUGCAAGUGCCAUCCCGGAUAUUUGGGUCUCGGCUGCACAUAUUCCUUCUGCGAAAAGUACGAAAGUUGCUCUGAUUGUGUGAGAGAUCCUUUUUGUGGAUGGUGUGACAGCUCGCUUUCCUGCCUUGGAGGUUUUGCUGAAGGACCACCCAAAAGAAGCUGUUCUGAUUGGUUCUACUAUCACUGCUACACUGUGGGAGACAAGAGCCGCUGUUCGAGCAAUAUACCGACUGUGGACUGUGGAGGUAAGCAGUGCAAUUUCAAGAAUGGAAGAGGGACUAUUCAAUCAUGUCAAAAAUGCCAGGACCUCGAGAAAUGUUACAAAAUCACAGAAGAAGGUGAAUGUAGAAGCUGGAACGAGACUCGCUGUCCUGGUGGCCAAGUUAGUGUGGACUACGCUGACUCACAGAGAAGUGAGAAUGUGGAACUCGCCGAAAAUGUGAAGUUUGUAGAGCCAAAUACCACAGUUAUUUACGCCUGUCCGGUGAUUAUGGCCCAACAAAAGGAAAUUUCACUUGUAUUUGUUGCACCGAAAGUCCUAGAUGUCCAAGUUGGUGAUAUACUCUGCAGUCCUCAAGCCGGAGGGAUUAUGCAUAAAAUAGUUGCAGAAGUCAGUGAUGGCACUUUUCGAGUGAUGAUGAGCACCCCAGCAGGCUUAGAGGAAGUAAUUAAAUAUGCAGACUUUAAGAAAGAAACGAUAGUAGAAGACGUGGACGAUGAUUCAACUCUAGAGGAUGAACCGGAUGAAGAGGACUUGAAAGACAUGAUUUUUGGAAAGAUCACACUUAACGCGAGCCAGAUAAUUGUCCUACCAAAUGUGUAUAAGUGUCUUGGGCACACGUACGAGAUUGGAAACUCCCUUGUUCACUCUUAUUACCUGGUAAUGGAGAAAAACUUUACAGUCCUCAAGACAGGAGACAUUGUAGCGUCCAACGUGAGUGGUGGGUUCAUCGAGACUGUUGUUGCAGUUCAUAAAACCAACGACACGGGAUACUUGGAAACAAAGUUUCUGCGAUGCAACGAGAAUUCUCAGUUGAAUUCUACCAGACUGAAGCAAAGUAGAAGGAUAUUUUCCCAGUCGGUGUUCUGUAGCGGAGGAGACAACAACCCUGGACUUGUGCUUUCAGCAGCGGAAGAAAGUGCUCAACAUUUUGCAGUCAAUGACUCAGUAGUAGGAAGACCAAGCCGUGGUUACAUCGCAAAGGUCAUAAAGGUUAAUUCCAAUGGUGAUUUUCUCCUUGUCGAAGUGAUUUCGGCUGAACUGAAUGGUAAUGGCACCUUUAGUACCGCGGUGGAUGUAAAUCGAUUACAGAGCCACCACAGGAGGACAAGGCGCUCAUCAAAAGAAACUGGUUUGGACAGCAUUAAACCCACGAUAAGUCACAAGAUUCUGUCAACGGCAAAAGCAAAAAUCCACGUCUCCAUGAAAGCGUAUCUGAACCUGAUGGGAUUUGUUGAUAUUGAGCCGAAGUGUUUUGGAUCUGGAGUUAAGGACGCUACAGCCGGUUUAAAGUUAGAGGGAGACUUGGACGUCUCUUGUGACAUUAGUGUCCAUGGGGAAUUAAGGUAUACCGGGAAUCUUCAUGUGAAGGAUAAACAGCUUGGUAGCACAAAGUACAUUGGCUUUGGUAUAAUAAGACUUCCUGCAGGGAUAUUCUUAGGACUGACUGGCCAAGUAAUCGCUGCAAUUUCCGGAACUCUUCAACGAUCGCUAUCUGUCAGUGGUGGGGUAUCGCUUGGGGGUGAAUGUAGUUCGAGCGAAGGAAGUUGUUACACAACUGAUACUUCGAUUAAUCUUAGAUCCGACUGGGGUACAACAAAACCAAUAUUGAAAACAGGAGCUAAAAUAGAUAUUAAAGUAACGCCCAAGAUUUCCGUGAAAGUGCCCACAACGCCUACAAGGUUCAAAAAUGGAGCAAAGCGGCCGUCACUCAUCCGUAUACUGGAUAAGCUAGUUUUAAAAGUGGCUGAUGUAUUGAAACUUUCAUUAUCACUGUAUGCGACUUUGCCAUUAAAAGCGGGUAUAUCAAUGACUUACCCUUCCAGUCAGUGUCGGGGAGAAACACCGGCCGAAAUUGAAGGCUCUUAUGGAAUUUCCGACCUGAGUUUUGGUUUCUCAGUUGGUUUUCUUGGGAAGCAAUUGCAAAAGUCCCUUAGUACUGGAUUUUCUCUAAUGAAAUCGACUAGGGAUUGUAUCUGUCCAAUUUCCAGUGUUAAGAUAUGUGUCGGAUCCUCCUCAAAGCCACCAGCUCCGAAGCCCCCUGUAGAAAAAUCUCCGAAACCUCCUGACAAGAAGCAGCGGAAGAAGACUGCAAAUGAUCCUAGUCAGGGAAAGAACCCGGGACUUGAAUGUGGAUGUGGAACCUGUGUUGGAAGAAGAAUGGGACCUAAUUGCACGCAACCUGAUAUGUACCCCAAUCAGGAGUGCUCGGGGAAUGGAAAACCUGUCAUAGCCCCGCGGUGUGGAGCAGAAUGUGAGUGUUUCGGAGGAUGGGAAGGUGAAUAUUGUGAAAGAAUAUCUGCAAAUGGCGGAGGUGACCCGCAUCUGGAGACCUUAGAUGGAGUAAAAUUCGAUUUUUUCGGAAUUGGAGAAUUCUGGGGAUGUAAAAGUGUCCAAAACGACUUUGGGCUUCAAUUUCGCUUUUAUUAUUAUGAAAGAGCGUCGCUUAUUGGAGGAGUUGCACUUAAAGCUGGGAAGAGCAUAGUGACAGUUAUGACGGAAAAGACUGAAAACGCACAAGAUACGCCCAUCCUCAGAAUCGAUGGAAUGUCAAUAAAUAUCACUAGCAACUCUUCAAAACCUAUCGAUAUCAACAAUGGAACAGUUUUGUUAGAUCGUCAGAGGCGCUUUACGUUUGAAGCUGAAGAGAACAGUGUUGCGCUGAUUUCACUGCAGUACGAUUCAGGAGUCACUGUGACUAUUGACGUUCGACACAGCCAUGUGAUGAAGAGGCAGUACUUGAAUGUUCUCUAUUCACCCACUGCUGCGUACAAAGGUCAUACUGAGGGACUGUGUGGCUUCAUGGACAACAAUGCAACAAAUGACUUUAUGGGACCAGAUGGAAAUCUUUACAACGACGCUGUACAGUUUGCAGAAUCAUGGAGAAUUACGGCAUGCCAUAAUGGAUCAGGGAAACGUGAAUCUUGGUCCUGGAACUCUUCAAACUUUUACCACGAAGACGUCAUGGACCUGACAUAUACGGAUCCAUCGUAUCUUCCUGUUUAUUCAUUGGACGGGAUUCCGAAUUCUCUGUUAGAGGUAGCGACAAGCAUGUGCAAAUCUCUGAACAUUUCCGACAACGAUUUACAUAGCUGUAUAUUUGACGUCGCUAUAACUAACGAUACAACAUUUACUGAUCAAGAAACCUUCAAGCGAGAUUGUCCAGGACAAUGUUCAGGUAAAGGCAGAUGUGUCAACGGAACCUGCAGAUGCAUCGAGGGAUGGACAGGAGAAAGUUGUGAUAAAGGUUCUUGUCUAAACUGUUCCACCACUCAUGGAAAAUGCGUAAAAGGAUUCUGUGUAUGUGAAUUGGGAUGGGAAGGUCGAAGUUGCGAGCUAAGAGCUGCGUGCCACAAUGUCAACAACUGUACAAGUCCUAUCCAUGGUGUGUGUAAGGCGACGGACGUUUGUCAGUGCAGUCCCGGAUACAUAGGUCAAGAUUGUAGUGUUAUUCCAACAUGUUUCAAUGUAUCAAACUGUACUGGCAAUGGACUCUGCGUGGAUUAUGAUGUUUGCAAGUGCAACGUAGGCUGGACUGGAACCAAUUGUACGCAGUACUCAUGCGAAAACUUGGAUUAUUGCUCAGACCACGGACGCUGCGUGGCACUCGACGAAUGCGCCUGUGACUAUGGCUGGACUGGAGCGAGCUGCGCGCUUCCUGACUGUACAGCUGUCAAUCAGUGUUCCGGGAAAGGAGAGUGUGUUGCAAGCAACUUGUGUCGCUGUUACACGGGAUUUUUAGGUGCAAGCUGCAGUGUGGUGGCUGACUGCAGUGAGUUUGCAAACUGUAGUGGCCGUGGUGUUUGUGUUUCAAGGGCGUUACUCAACGUGUCGUGCAGUUGUUACACGGGUUUCACUGGAGCUAACUGUAGUCAACCUACUUGCACAACUGUGAACAAUUGUUCCAAUCAUGGAGCAUGCAUUGAGGCAGAACUCUGUAAAUGCGACAUGGGGUACAAUGGCACAGACUGCAGCAACUUCUCGUGUGAAGCUGUUAAUUCAUGUUCUGGGAACGGAGAAUGUGUUGGAUAUGACUUAUGUCGCUGUAAUAACUCCUGGUCAGGUCGUGCAUGUAGCAUUCCAGAUUGCAGUUCUGUGAAUAACUGUUCUGCUCAAGGAGACUGUAUUCUACCAGAUACUUGUGCCUGUUAUCCAGAGUUUGACGGUAAAUACUGCGAUCAGAAGGCAAAACCAAACACCAACUCGCCCAGCUUCGACCAAAUAUUUUAUAACACUACCAUCAUUGAAAACUCGCCUGUUGGAACAAUGAUUCUGCGAGUACAUGCCAAUGAUACCGAUACGGGAAGAAAUGGCCAAGUGUUUUAUACGGUAGUUAGUGACAAAGAGGUUGGAAAUAGUCUUGCCAUUGGCGUUACAUCUGGGAAACUUUACAUCAGGUCGAUGCUAGAUUUAGAGACCAUUAAGUCACCGUCGUUUAAUGUGGCCGUUGUAGCCGCAGACGAUGGCUUCCCACAAAAAUCGGGAGUCACCAUCGUCCAGAUAACAGUGGUGGACCAAAACGACAACUGUCCGACGUUUAUCAAACCAUCUGGAAAUGUGCAACUUGAGUUCUCGGUGCUUAAUCCAGGUGACACCCUGACUAAGAUUUCUGCCGUUGACUUGGACAGUGGAAUAAACGGCGACAUAACUUAUGGCAUGUCCAAAUCUGCUGCGUUCUCCAUUGAUCCAAAAACUGGUGUUAUCACCGUUACGUCGAAUUUGACGACAGGACUAUAUCAUUUGACUGUUACUGCCAGUGAUAAUGGAGACGUUUCCUGCAAGACGGAGGCAAGUUUAACUGUUAUAAUCAACGGCUUUCCUACAAAAGAGCCUUUAACAUCAACUUGCAGCUCUUCUACUCAGAAGAUGCCUGAGACGUUGACCUCUCCGCGUGAUACCCAGAAUACAUUUAUGUCCACAGAACCCACUGAGCCGACAGAACCCACUGAGCCGACAGAACCCACAGUCCAAGUUACGAGCACAGCGCCUGGUGGCGAAGUAACUGCAGCGCCACAGAACAGCCCCAAUUAUGUCAUAAUUGGUGCCUCUGCUGCUGGAGGAGUGUUGAUGCUUGUAAUCAUUGCAGUUGUAAUAAGAAAGUGUCUGUGUAAAACUAGGACAUCUCCAGCCAAGCAACCCAGAAAUACUGGAAAUGUAAAUGACUGUCUUGAAGUUGAUCUUGAGUUAUCCGACAUGCCUAGGGUGAUAUGAGAACUGGCUUGUUGUGGUUCUCUAUAACAGUCAGAGACAUUAUAUCUUUCUUGUAAUAGAGAUUAAGAACAGUACAAGAUCAGUGGCGGAUCCAGACCUUG